AGUUGAUUAUACGCCGUGUAGGUUGCACCACGGAAAAAUAGUACUGUGUGGCCAUGAAGAACAAUUACGCACCACAGGAGCCAGCAGCACCUAUUGGCUUUGGCUCGGCACCACCGCAACCCGAACCCUGGGCUAACCCCCAUGCAGGAUACGCACCACAAUCGCACUUAGGAUUUCCCCCACAGCCACAGUCAGGAUACCAACAGACCAGAUUUGCCCCACAACAAGGGUAUCCGCAGCCAGGAUACCCUCAGCACGGCUAUCCGCCUCAGUACUAUGGCGAACCACCAGGCUAUGGAAGUUCUCCACCACCACCGCCACCACAUCCACAUCAGCCUCAGCCACAAGUGGUGGUGGUGACUAACACAGGCUGGUACAGUCGCAAUCAGAGGAAUAAGCCACAAUCGAAUGCUGUGGGAGGAGCUGGCCUUAUAUUUGUAUCUGGAGGAAUGAACAUAGCGUGGAGCAUUGGAUUCCAUGGGAGACUCUACUUCAAGGCCUCCCAACACAAUUUCCUGGCCUGGUUCAUUGGUGGAAUUAUUGGAGCAUUCGUCAGUUGUUUACUUACCAAUAAAGUGCCGAAGAAGUUUAUUUUGAUUUUCAGUUCGAUUCUGGUGAUGAUUGGUGGAAUUAUUUUGGCCAGUACCCGACACAAUGGAAGUGCCACACUGGCCAGUUCCUAUCUCGAUGGCAUCGGAAACGGACUCAUCUUUGCCCCUUUCUUGGCUCUGGCCGGAGAGGUGUCGGUGCCCUAUAUGAGAGGUCUGAUCUCGGCGAGCAUCGAGCAGAUGUGCCUCGGACUGGGCAUCUUUCUGCAGAUCAUCUACACUUCCGCCUGGUCCGAUUCCAAAUACAGCUCCUUCAACAGCGAGAAUUUGAAGGGAGUGCUGAGCAUUAUCUACGGACUAUUGGCGUUGAUCAUUGGCUCACUUCUAUGCAUCGAGUCCCCGGUCAUCAUGUUGGCCGACAAUAACGAACAGGGUGCCCUAGAUGCCCUUAGAAGAUUGCAGAGACCCUACACUCUGACCAACGAAACUUUCGAACAGCUAGCGGAGCACAAACGCUACUUGGCCCAGAACAAGGAUAUGUCGGUGGGACAGAGCGUUUGCCAGGCGAUUCCCUCCUUCAUCCGAGUGGUCUUUUUGCGAGUCCUGAAUGUCCUGAGCAUUUCCGGCUUUGUAGUCAGCAGCUUUUCAUUCUUUUUUGUCAACGAGUAUGGGUUUGGAGACUAUUAUGGCUGGUAUUGUGGAUUCGCCGUCAGCCGAUGGAUGGGCAACUUUAUAGCCACUUUCUGCAUGGAAUCGGCGGGACGCAAGAAGCCCACUCUCUUGGGACUCCUCGUUUGCGGCGUUCUGGCUUUUGUGAUGGCUGCACAGUAUAAUAUUUUCACCUAUAACACCGGCAACGCCAUUAUGUUGCUGGUCUUCCAGUUCUUCGCUGGAGUCGCCUUCACAGCCACGUCCCCAUAUCUCUCCGAGGCCUAUCCACUGGGUGUGAAGCAGCAUUUCAUAGCAUUUACCUUCAUGGUCGAAAUGCUCGUCUUCAUUGUGAUCGGUGUCUGCGACUGGAGUCGUCAUGGUGGUGCCAUUUACUUCUAUGCCUUGGGUGGGCUCUACAUAUUUGGCUUUGUUCUGAGCAUUUUCGUUUUGCCGGAGACCCGAAGGAUGACAUUGCGAGAGGCCCAGGACAAGUUCAACGGAUUUAUCAGCCAGGGCUUCUAACGGAAUUCCCGGAAAAUCAUAGUAUAUUCUGCUUAUAUUUGUCAGAGAUCUGAGAUAAUAAAUAUCCACAAUCAUACCAGCA